UCUAGGACUUGACUUCAAGCUGCCGGGCACAAGAGUUUCCAGCGUUAGAGACAGGGAAUGAUCCUGCAGAGGGGCUCAAUGCCUGCAGGGAACGAUGCCAGGAGGGGCGAAGAGGAGCUGCAGCUGGGCAGCACGUGCAGAACAAGCCCCAGAGCUGUGCCCGACCUGGGCACCCUCUCCUCUGGCACGCAAGUAAAGCUUAGGGGUGAAGCUUCCCUUCUAAAAUGGCUUUUUACCCAUCUUUACAAGAAUCUACUUACAGUGUACAGCAGCAGGCAGCAAACUUUUGAUGUCUGGGAAGAUUUGGUGAUAUGCAAGUAUAUACCUGUUCUAGCAACAAUCUGUGUUUUUAGAGCCGAGAAGGAACCGGGUCCUACCCUGAGCUGAGGGACCUCAUGCACAAAACCACCUAAGAGAAUAAACCUGUUGUGGGGUAAUGCCUUCAGCACCACACGGCGCAAACGCCCAGCAAAGGACUUAAUUACCACGUACAAAGGCGCUUUGGUCAGGGCUGUGCGUUCGGCUCCUCCGAAUGUCAGCGAGCAGCUAUGCGGCAGAACAGGAUGUCGGAUUAAGGAGUCUCCAGCGAAACCCGGGCUGAGGACAUCGGAGGACACCAGCCAAGCUGGGAACCGGGAUAUUGCCCCCCGCACCGGACGCCGUGGCAGCCUGUGAUAUGCCUAAGAAGGAGCUGGGGAUGGCUGGCUGCAACUCUGGCAGCUGCGACAGCAUGGUCAGCACAGCCUCCAACCACUCGCAGUGUAGUGAUAACAGUUACGACUACUUAUCUGUGGAAGAGAAAGAGUGUUUGAUGUUCUUAGAAGAAACUAUUGGCUCACUGGAUGCAGAAGCAGACAGUGGGGUCUCUACCGAUGAGACUGACUACAUGGAGCCCUCCAAGUUGCCCAGGACAUGGUCUAAGAGAGACUCCGUUCCCCGAGAUUUGGAGAACGGGGCUCCCCCUCCGAGCGCAGGUCAGCAGCGUGCAGCUGAACAGAAGAGCGCUAAGAGCAUCUCUGCCUUCUCAAGCUCGGCUCCAGCAGCAGUUCCAAGCUCAGGCUAUUACAGUCUUCCAAGGAGCAUCACGGUAGCAAAUGGAGCUUCUGACAGCAAAGUGACUGUCGGCAGAGUGGAGGACCCAGUGCCAGUAGAUAAAUCUUCACAGGACAUGGCCAAGGAGGACAGGCUUGACCAAGCCAACACAAGAAGCCACAUGAAGUCCCUGGGAUCUUUGAUUAUCCAACCUUCAGAUCCCUUCCAGGAUAACCUGGUGAGCCACGAGUGGUCACGUAACAAUCACUCAGAUGCCAAGAGGGAAACAGCCAAGGAGACCAAGACUUGGACUCCAUGGGGCCAGCCAGAGAAAUCCACAUUAGAAGAGGCCCCUCAGGACCCCGAUGCCAAGCGUGGGCCUCCAACUGCCCCCAAACCGCGAAAACUGCCACCAAAUAUUAUCCUGAAAACCAGCAAAAACAGCCCAGUGCCACUCACCACGGAGCCGAGCCAGAAGGUAAAAGCACUGCCUCUGUCCUCAGCUGGCUCUCAGCCCGGCUCUGCCAACGACGCUGCUGCCGAAAAGGUGAAUUCAGGGCACCUCGACCCCAAGGAGAGGGAGAAAGCCCGGCGGGAGGCAUUGGAGAAGCUCGGACUGUCACAGGACAGGAGGGACCCCAGCGCUCAUCUUCAACCUACCAUGCAUUCCCAACCAAGGGAGAUGCCAUUCCCCGUCCCUGGAGAGUCCCAGGCACAAUGUGAGGCAGUGGAGAGGUCGGUGCCGGGUAUCCGGCAGAUGACCUUCAAAUCCAACACCCUGGAGCGCUCCGGCGUGGGGCUGAGCAGCUACAUGGCCAGCACCAAGGAGCAGAGCGUCAAGACCAGCAGCUCCUUGGGCAAGAUGUCCUUCAUCGAGCGUCUCGCCCCGAGCUUCCUCCGGAGCAGCCGCCCCCGGCCGGUGUCCCUCGGGGCAGGGAAGGACUUUGCUGGUCUGAAGGAGCCCGGGCAGGCGGAGCAGGAGAAGAGCAGCAAGCGGCGAUCCCACCCGCUGCAGAGCUUCCCCAGGCCAUCCCGCUCCUGCAUCAGCGUGAAGAUUUCCCCCAAGGGUGCGACGGAUGAGAACCGGCGAGAGGCACUGAAGAAGCUCGGUCUGCUGAAGGAAUAGCUCCGCGGGCAGUGGGGCUGCUGGAAAAGGGGCUUUUCACCCCAGAUCUAGGCCUUCACUGCCUGUCCUUGGGCACCACAACCAUAAGCAUAUUCUGUGAUCUCCUGCCCCAGCAUCUUGGGAGGGGUAUCACGAGAGAUAUUUGGAGCUUUACACCAAAUAAAGUAACACCACGUGUACAUAAUAUUUUGUACAUAGCAAGUGUAUAUGAGCUAUUUAUAUAAAGCAUCACUGAGCAUGUGGAUGGGGCAUAUUCUCCUACAAGGUCUUUAAUGCAUUUGGGGAUUCAUCGAAACAGGGAAGCCAUGGAAUUGGGGGUUUGGCUUAUUUUAAAAGGGGUUGCCCGUGGAUAAAGCCUCUCUGGGAAGAACUGCAGGACUCUACUGCUCCUUUGGGAUUUUAUGGAUUUUUGUUAACUUUAUCAAAGCCUCUGAGGGCUGAGCACUCACCUGCUCCAUACAAGUGCCUCCCAAAAGCCACCACUGCCACAUACAAAACUGUCAGACCGUGCACGAGUGCUCCUCGUACAGCGCCUGCAGGCGAGAGGCUGGAUGGCUGCACAGCCGUCCCACUGCCUCCUCUCACACCCAGCCCUGACAACCUCGACGUAGCACUUAGAAGACGCACGAACAUCCGUGUUCAUCGUGAAGUGACAGUUAAGACGCAACAGACUGCGUGCUGGUGGCAUAACCAGAAGUGCUGCCCAAAAUGAGAUGCAAGUCUGAGACAACGCCAUUUCAUUCCCUUGCAAACUCUCCUCGCAUCUUUCAGACCCAGCUGAUGCUGCCGAUGUUUAUGCUGCGCACCUUUUAUAACAAAGGUGGUUUAUUUCUGUAAUAAACUUGUAUAUGAUCAGAAAAUGACUGUGUAAUACAGAUUUAUGUUGCAAAGUUCUGGUAAAGCUAAAUAAUGCAUUUUAACCUUCAGUAUGUCUUGACUUGAGCAGCAUGGGUGACCCAGACAGCAGCCGGGCAUUGCAAAUGAUGAGGUCUGAACCAAAGACUCGGUUGGGCCUCCUGCAACCCACGACCCACGCGAGAUGGGAUUUUGUGUAAGUGCUUCCAGUACAAUAAGCAGAUGUAAAGUCUGCCAUGGCACUGCCAGACUGGGACAGGUGACAUGGGACCUGCUGCUGCUCCAGCUGAUCCCUUCCAACAUGCAUCAUCUCCUGGGGUUGUGGGGACAUCUCCCACAGCAGCUGUGUUAGUUGAAAAGAUGGACUAACAGCUCAGCUUGAAAGCAUCAUUUUAUUUCCUUCACCAAAAAAAAAAUCUUUCAUGCAAUCCUGGCUUUCAGUGUUGAACAUCUAGAGAGAGUCUCUGCUAAUAAAGCAAGCACCUUUGUUCCUAA